GUGCUCCGAUGAAUUGGAUGGCUAGGAUGUUAAGAUUGAUGAGGGGGAAGUAGCUUCUGCGAAGAUACCCUCCGCAAUCUUGAAUAUCUCGUCCAGUGAGUCAAGAAAAUCAGUCGCCAAGUCGAUCCGAUCCGAUCGGAUCGGAUCUCUGUAAACCCGACUAGGAGGAAUACCUGGGAGUCCAUUUUCGUGGAUCCCCGGCGGCUGCGAGCCCCAUUUUAAAAUGCUGAUCCUUGUUAUCUUUUUCUUAGGCCCCGCUCAAAGGUCUUCCAUCCUUUUCCCUUACAGAUCUGAACCACUUUACAUAAUCCCGAGGAACUCCUUCAGUCCCGUCAUUGAAGUUCUGCUUCAAAUUUCGAGUCCAAGCUCCGGCAUCUGACGUUUCAAUCACUAAGGUUUCUUUGAUUCUCGUUUGGGCUGCCCAGGUUCUUUGCACUAUAUAAGCAUUAAUGGCUGCACGGACGCCCGGCUUAAUUGCUUUAUUUGAUGUCGAUGGGACUCUCACAGCUCCAAGGAAGGUGGUCACCCCAGAGAUGUCAAAAUUCAUGCGAGAACUCCGGAAGGUUGUGACAGUUGGAGUCGUGGGAGGAUCUGAUCUCGUAAAGAUAUCUGAGCAGCUUGGAAACACAGUCAUCGAUGACUAUGAUUUUGUGUUCUCUGAAAAUGGUCUUGUGGCACACAAGGAGGGAAAACUCAUUGCGACCCAGAGCUUGAAGUCAUUUCUUGGAGAAGAAAAGCUCAAGGAAUUUAUAAAUUUUACACUUCAUUACAUUGCUGACUUGGAUAUUCCUAUCAAGAGGGGAACAUUUAUAGAAUUCCGUAGCGGAAUGCUGAAUGUUUCGCCAAUUGGUCGAAACUGUAGCCAAGAAGAAAGAGAUGAAUUUGAAAAGUAUGACAAGAUUCACAACAUACGCCCAAAAAUGGUUUCUGUCCUGCGUGAGAAGUUUGCUCAUCUGAACUUGACAUUUUCAGUUGGAGGACAGAUAAGUUUUGAUGUUUUCCCUCGAGGUUGGGAUAAAACUUACUGCUUGAGAUAUCUCGAUGGCUUCAAUGAAAUCCACUUCUUUGGUGACAAAACCUACAAGGGUGGGAAUGACCAUGAAAUUUAUGAAUCAGAGAGGACUGUUGGGCACACCGUUACAAGUCCUGAAGAUACAUUGAAGCAAUGCCAGGCCCUCUUCGUGGGAAACCCUAACAGCGAUUCUUGAGACUAUUGCAGCAAUAUUUUGUAUGCUUUACUAAACAAACGCAUUGCAAGUCUUCCUUAAAUAUUAUUUUUGUGUUGUAUAAUGACAGAGGAUUGCACUGCCAAUAUUCCUGCGUGUCUUUAGCACUCUAUUUUUGGUGCCAAUAACCGGCUGAGUUUUGAAGUAAAUAUGAUUCUCAGUGGUCAGUACCA